AUGUCGGAAUUAAGAUAUGAUGGCCAGGUCGUGGUGGUGACGGGUGCGGGUGGUGGAUUGGGAAAGGCGUAUGCGCUGUUCUUUGGAUCGAGAGGUGCGAGUGUGGUUGUGAAUGAUUUGGGAGGGUCAUUCAAGGGGGAUGGUGCUUCGAGCAAGGCUGCAGAUGUAGUCGUCAACGAGAUCAAAGCCGCUGGCGGCAAGGCCGUUGCCAAUUACGACAGCGUCACGUCCGGCGACAAGAUCAUCGAAACCGCCAUUCAGAACUACGGACGAAUCGAUAUCCUACUGAACAAUGCCGGUAUCCUCCGUGAUGUGUCGUUUAAGAACAUGAGCGACAAAGAUUGGGAUCUGAUUAUUGAUGUCCACGUCAAGGGAUCUUACAAGUGUGCUAGAGCCGCAUGGCCCUAUUUCCGGAAACAAAAGUACGGAAGGGUGAUCAAUACUGCUUCUGCGGCUGGUCUGUUUGGGAGUUUUGGACAGACUAAUUAUUCGGCUGCGAAGUUGGCUAUGGUCGGUUUUACGGAGACUUUGGCCAAGGAGGGCGCGAAGUAUAACAUUCAUGCUAAUGUUAUUGCACCAAUUGCCGCUAGCAGAAUGACAGAAACUGUCAUGCCACCAGAUAUUCUCGAAAACCUAAAGCCAGAUUGGGUUGUUCCCCUCGUCGCCUGCCUCGUUCACAAAGAUGCCGAGGAGAAUGGAGCUAUUUUCGAAGUUGGAGGUGGACAUAUCGCAAAACUCAGAUGGGAGCGUUCAAGUGGUCUUCUGUUGAAAGCCGAUGAUUCAUACACUCCAGGUGCUAUUUUGAAGAAAUGGGAUCAAGUUGGGAAGUUUGACAAGAAUGCUCAAUAUCCAAAUGGCGUUGCUGAUUUCAUGGGUCUGCUUGAGGCAUCAAUGAAGAUGGGUCCAAAUGACAAGGGUGAGACUCUCGAUUUCAAGGGCAAGGUUGCUUUGGUGACUGGUGGUGGUGCUGGUAUUGGCCGCUGUUACUGCUUGGCGUUCGCCAAGUAUGGUGCUUCAGUAGUCGUCAAUGACUUGAUGAACCCAGAUGAUGUUGUAAAUGAAAUUAAACAGGCUGGUGGAAAGGCUGUUGGUGUCAAGGCCUCUGCUGAAGACGGAGAUGCUGUUGUAAAAGCAGCCAUUGAUGCUUUUGGUCGCAUUGAUAUUAUCGUAAACAAUGCUGGUAUUCUUCGGGAUAAAGCGUUUACCAAUAUGGACGAUAAGAUGUGGGACCAAGUCAUUGCAGUCCACUUGAGAGGUACAUACAAAGUUACCAAGGCUGCGUGGCCAUACUUCCUUAAGCAGAAGUACGGUCGUGUACUAAACACCACAUCAACAAGUGGUAUUUACGGUAACUUUGGACAAGCGAAUUAUGCUGCAGCAAAAUGUGGUAUUCUUGGUUUCUCCAGGGCACUUGCUCGUGAAGGUGCCAAAUACAACAUUUUCGUAAACACAAUUGCGCCAAAUGCUGGAACAGCUAUGACAAGAACCAUCUUACCCGAAGAGAUGGUUCAAGCAUUCAAGCCAGACUAUAUUGCUCCGCUAGUCGUUGCACUUUGCUCAGACAAGGUUCCAAGCAACCCAACCGGAGGUCUUUACGAAGUCGGCAGUGGAUGGGUUGGACAGACAAGAUGGCAGCGAACUGGAGGACACGGCUUCCCAGUUGAUGUCAAGUUGACACCCGAGGCAGUACUCAAACAAUGGAAGAGAAUCACCGACUUUGAAGACGGACGAGCAGAUAACCCAGAAAGUGCUCAGGAUGGUCUUAAGAGUAUCAUGGCGAAUAUGCAGAAUAAAUCUGGCGGCAAGAAGAGUGAUGUUGAUGACAAGGCAAACGCUGAAAUCCUGGCCAACAUUGAGAAAGCAAUGAAAGCCGAGUCAACUGGCACAGAAUUCACAUACGAAGAAAAAGACAUCAUCCUCUACAACCUCGGCGUAGGAGCCAAAAAGACAGACCUGGAUCUUGUCUUCGAAGGAAACGAAAACUUCCAAGCCCUGCCCUCAUUCGGAGUCAUCCCCUUCUUCUCCGCCGAAACGCCCUACAACAUCUCCGACAUCGUCCCCAACUUCAACCCCAUGCUCCUCCUCCACGGCGAACAAUACCUCGAAAUCCUCUCCUACCCGAUCCCCACCUCGGCGACCCUCGUCUCUCACACCAAACUCCUCGAGGUCGUCGACAAAGGCAACGCCGCCAUCGUCAAAUCAGGCAUCACCACCGUCAACAAAGCCACGGGGAAACCGCUCUUCUACAACGAGUCCACGGUCUUCAUCCGCGGCUCCGGCGGCUUCGGCGGGCAGAAAAAACCCGCAGACAGAGGCGCCGCCACCGCGCCCAACGUCCCACCGAAACGCGCACCCGACGUCGUCAUUGAGGAAGCGACCACCCCCGAACAAGCAGCCAUCUAUCGACUCAGCGGCGACUACAACCCGUUGCACAUCGACCCGGCGUUCGCGAAGAUGGGCGGCUUCAAAGCGCCGAUCCUGCAUGGUCUGGCGUUCUUUGGGAUCGCGGUGAAGGGGGUGUAUCGCACGUUUGGGCAGAUACGGAAUGUGAAGGUGCGGUUUGUGGGGAGUGUGACGCCGGGGGAGACGCUUGUUACGGAGAUGUGGAAGGAGGGACACAAGGUGGUUUUUCAGACGAGGGUUAAGGAGAGUGGGAGGGUUGUUGUUGGGGGGGCGGGGUGCGAGUUGGUUGGGGAGAGGGGGGAAGGGAGGUUGUGA